UUGUCCCGAUGCGUUAGAUUUGAUUAUGUACUUAAAGAUAUGGCUUUUUGUCGUUUCUAUGUUGGGCUUUUGCGUUUGUAAUCUCCAGAGAUCAUUCACCUGGUCCAAACAAAAUGGCAAAAGGCUAAAUGCCAAGAUAUAUCGGAAGAUUCGAGCUUAUGAUGAUUUCGCGUGCGUCAACGAGUGUUCUCGGCUCUUGGAGUCGUGUCACUCCGUCAACUUCCUCAAGAUCAGAGGCAAAGAUGGCAUGCAUUCGUGUCAUCUUCUUGAUGUUGAGCAGCAAAAAGAUGCUAUUGAAGUCAGCGAUCCCAAGUACGACUUUAUCACGAUACAGAAUCCGUGUCAUCACAAGCCUUGUCUAAACAAUGGAACCUGCCAGGAGACAAAUGGAUACGCAUUCCACUGCACCUGCUCCCCAGGGUUUAUUGGGAAACGUUGUGAGAAAGAUUGUGCCGUCGCGUUAGGAAUGGAGAAUGGACGCAUCCAAAACUCACAAAUUACUGCCUCCUCUUAUUAUGCGGCUAACCAUGAGCCGUGGCAAGCGCGUCUUAACAAUCAAAUGAUCGAUGGCGGCAGUGCCGGGUCCUGGUCACCUAGAACUAAUACCAUCGAUGAAUGGCUACAAGUCGACCUUGGUUCAGAGAACACCAUCACCAAAGUUGCGACCCAAGGGAGACCGAAUAGUCCUCAUGGUCAAUAUAAUCAGUGGGUCACGCGUUAUGUGAUACAGCAUAGUCUAGAUCAUGCUACUUGGUCAUUCUGCUUGGAGGGGGGCGUCAUUAAGGAGUUCAAGGGAAACACGGAUCAAGUUACAAUGGUGCUUGUCUAUCUUCCAGAGCCUGUCCUAGUCAGAUAUGUUCGAUUUGUUGUCAAGGCGUGGAACGUUUUUAUCUCGAUGAAAGUAGAGCUCUACGGGUGUGAUGGCUAACCAAUUGACAAUCAUCGACCGCCCGACCAGUGAUCCGGAUUGUUAGUCUUCACCAGUCACACCAAACACUCGUAAUCAAUAAUCAAUUAUACAACCACUCUCCAUCAGCACCAGCAAAUAUUAUAUAUAAAUGUAAGUGUAAGGACAGGAUAUUACCAGAUAUAACACAUGUUUCUUUUACAAACCAUUACAAAACCGGUAUCAAUAAUUAUACCAAAUCGCACUCCAUCCAGCAAAUAUUAUAUAAAUAUUACUGUAAGUACAGGAUAUAACGAAUGUUUGAUAAAAAACAUAUAUAAUAUAAACAUAUAUAUCUUUAAUAUUUUUUGACAGAAUUACAGAAUAUGUUAUAUGUAAUCGAUAGUGUGUUGCAAAUCAUGUGGAACAUGGAAACGAGGCUCACAAUUUUUACACGUUGUUGAAAAGGGUAAGGCGCUAGGGCCGUUAGGGUCAGUCAAGGUCGCGUCUAUAAUACGGGGUUGUCGUCUAAAUGGCAUUCAGAUGGUCAUGUGUUUAAUUCGACGUGAGCGCAAGCAAUUUUGCUGGGAGGAUUGGGGUAAUCACGGUCUGUGUCUAAGCAGACUUUCGAAAAGACCCUAAGGGAUAGCAGAUUUUCUAGAGGGCCCUAAAGGGAUAGCUUUUUUAUACCCUAAGAGAUGGGACGAUCAUGUGUGACAUUCUUUUAGGAGGACACCCCCAUCCCCCCUGGGAAAAGGUGUUAGGUGUGACGCAAGUAUAACAUCAUGAUAAUAGGCCAUACUCAAAUACGGAGAGCAAAAGGCGUUCGGAGCGUAUAUAUAUAGGUUGUUUGUCACCGACACGUGUUAUUUGAACUUGACCUGUCAUGUGAUCUUGUUUGUUCCGAUUUAUCGC